UACCUGCAAGACAAAGCUCAGGGUCAUACAUUACCCGUGCGGGAAGACGCGGAAAGAAACUUAGAAACUUCAGAAUCAGAAUCAGAAACAGAAUCAGAAACAGAAACAGAAUCAGAAACAGAAUCAGAAUCAGAAACAGAAUCAGAAACAGAAUCAGAAACAGAAACAGAAUCAGAAUCAGAAUCAGAAACAGAAUCAGAAACAGAAUCAGAAACAGAAUCAGAAACAGAAUCAGAAACAGAAUCAGAAUCAGAAACAGGUUCAGGAUGAAGAUUUAUUUCUGUGGAAGUAUUCGUGGCGGAAGAGAAGAUGUUGAACUUUACCUGAAGAUCGUGAAGAAUCUGAAGAGCCACGGAACCGUGCUGACAGAACACGUGAGCAACACACAGCUCACACACACAGGUGAGGCCGGCUCGGCAGCAGGUGAUAGGCUGAUCCACGACAGAGACAUUGAUUGGCUGCGACAGUGCGACGUGGUGGUGGCGGAGGUCACGCAGCCGUCCCUCGGGGUCGGUUAUGAACUCGGCCGAGUCGUCGACAUGAAGAAAAGAACCUUGUGUCUGUUCAGGCCGUCAACAGGACGCGUUCUGUCGGCCAUGAUCCGAGGAGCGGCGGACGGCGAGCGGUUCGUGGUGAGAGACUACAGCGAGGACGAGGUGGAGAACGUUCUGGACCAGUUCUUCAACACGCUGACAAGAACCUGAAGAACUCCUGUUCAUAUUCACACUGUUCACCACAACAACAUCAAUAAAGUUGACUGAACCAGU